GGUAACACGGAAGGGCAAAAUAGAUAUUUAUAUAAAAGCGAAUUAACUAAGAAAAGGGAUACUGGACGCAAACAGAGACGAUUAUAGUUUUAAUAUAGCUCGUCAUCAAGAAUACGAAACAUAAUUAUAAUACAUGCAGACGGGCUGGUAAAGCAUUGACCAUCGAGCUGAUAACGAAAUGAUUAGUCAGCUAUUUAGGUCGCCGUGUUAGUUGCUUCCUCUCUUCCGUUAACUUGGAAAUUGUUGUAAUUUCCCGUUUAACCGGUGUAUUUUUAUCAGUUAAAUGCAGAAAGGCGUUUGCCAUAAUUGCAUUUUGUGCUGUAUAAUCUGUGAGUGCUAGAACAUCAUGGCAUCGUCUCCUACACCUACCAAGUAUAUCCUCGGUAUGGACAUGGGGACAACUUCAGUCAAGGUGGUUCUGCUCGAUAGUCACUUAAGGAAAGUGACAGACGCUUGCAGCCUGCCCACAACCGCUGACAGCAGCAACCGUAACGGAAAUGUCAUGGAACAGGAUCCUGGGAAAAUUAUAGAUACUCUAAAUCAAUGCAUGACUUCAUUGCCCAGAGACAAACUCCGAAAUGUCACCAAAAUUGGGGUGUCUGGACAAAUGCAUGGGGUCAUGUUCUGGAAGACAAAAACAGCUUGCUGUUGGGACCAAGGAGAUCAUGGUCUCAUGUUCAGGACCAAAGGUGUGAGUCAGCUGAUUACUUGGCAGGAUGGUCGGUGUAGCAGCGACUUCCUGUCCUCACUUCCGAAGCCAGACUCUCACCUUAAUGUGACCACGGGCUUUGGGUGCGCUACCAUCUUCUGGUAUCUCCAAAACAGACUGGAGUUUUUGGCCGAAUUUACCUCAGCAGGAACCAUCCAUGAUUACGUGGUAACUAUGCUGUGUGGCUUGGACAGAUGCUUGAUGUCCACCCAAAACGCUGCUAGCUGGGGAUACUUCAACACCAGCACUAACCAGUGGAACUUGGACAUCCUGAGCAGCAAUGGCUUCCCCAUGGAGCUACUUCCAGAUCCUGUGGCCCCUGGAUCCUGUGCAGGAUUUACCUGCUCCAAAUGGCACGGGAUUCCUGUAGGAACCCCCGUUGGGGCGGCCCUGGGAGAUUUCCAAUGCGCCGUUUACUCCUGCAUGGUGGAAAGGACAGAUGCAGUUCUGAAUAUUAGCACUUCGGCCCAGCUAAGCUUUGCUAUGCCAGCAGAAUUCCAGCCCCCGCGUGUACCCGAUCCCAGCUCUCCGGUCUCCUACUUCCCUUAUUUCGAUGGUGUUUUCCUGGCAGUAGCAGCAUCCCUCAAUGGAGGAAAUGCAGUGGCUACCUUCGUGGAUAUGCUAACGGCAUGGAUGAAAGAACUUGGAGUGGAAAUAAGCAGCUCUUCAAUUUACUCGCAAAUGAUUGAAGCCGGUUUAAACCAGAACAGCAGUGACCUGAAGGUGAGGCCAACCAUUCUGGGCGAAAGGCACGAUACCAGCUGCUUAGGCCUGGUGUCCAACAUCUUGGCCUCCAAUGUCUCCCUGGGUCACGUAACCCGGGCACUGUGCCAGGGGAUUGUGGAGAACAUAGCCACAAUGCUGCCCCCCCAGCUUUUGCUGGAGUCGGGGGUGAAGAGGAUAGUGGGUAGUGGCAGUGCUCUCAUCCGUAAUGAGGUGCUCAGACAGGAGGCAGAGAGGGCUUUCCCAUUUCCUGUACAGUACAGUGAAGAUGCAGACUCUGCUGUUGGCGUCGCCAUGAUUUUGAGUGACAGAAUGUGAUUGACCAUUCAGAUCAAAAUAAUGCACACGUUCUGGAAUGGUCACUGACUGACGAGCCUACUAUCAAGGGUUGAUCAGGAAUAUGCUUUCAGUAAUGACAUCUGGGUGGUAAUUCUAGUGAAAUUGCCCAAGAUGAUGGUUCGUUUACAGGUAAUCUGUACACUUUUUAAAUUUCAAGACUAUGUAGCAUUCCAGGAUAACACAAGGCUUAAUGAAUCCUUUAAAUAAUAUUUGUAAAAUAUGCUGUUGGCUGCAAGAUAUCACAUCGCAAUAUAGUCGUGAUUAUAUGGUUGGUGCAUGUGCGAUAAUCAACAGGAUUUUAGAUGACAGGAGGAUUAGUUUGGAUACCAGCUUUUCUGUACUAUACGUUUACUUACACCCACAAUUUAGUAAGCAGAUUACUAGUAUGCUAAAAUAUUAAUGUAUUGUGACACCUAAAAGUUAGUAAUCUCUAUAAAUUCAGGGUAUCUGUGACGUCCAGGUGCAUGAACAGGGAGCAUGGAUGCAGUAUACGGGAGACCGAAAUCCAAAACAAAGGGGUGUUAUUUCUAGCAGGCAGACAAGGAAGCACACGGUCGACAACGUUAAUGACAGACCUGGGGAAACAGACCUAAAGAGGAGGGUCCAGCUUCAGACGCUGUAGAGUGAAGCUCCAUCGGAAAUACGUCACCUCCACGGGAUACACAUGAUCUCAACUCUGUGUUACAGCGAAAAAACUUAACCUUAACCCUAACCCGAGCUCCACUUUAUGUCCUUAAAGAUCACUUGUUUCCUAUGGAGAUGACGUAUUUCCAGUGGAGUUCUACAGGCGUCUGCAGCUAGACCCUCUUGGACUUGAACGCGGACUUAAAUACAGGACAUGACAUCAGAAUAAACGCAAGACAGUUGGUACGCUGGGACUUCACAUGAGGGUAAUGAGGUGGGCGUGGCAUACACAAGGACUGGACGCGCAGGUCAUGACAAUAUCCUGAUAUUUAUUAAAUUUGGUUAGUGGAGCGCCACAUACUACUGUUUUGGUAUGUCAUGAAAGUCAUAAGCACUGAGAUGGCAGUGAAGAAAGCGAGAGCUCAACAGCCAAAUAUCUUUUGAAAGCGGAAAUAUACUAAAAAGCUGUCUGGACAAAUGUUUCGCCUGGUCCUGCAGGUGAUAAUUGCACAUACUUCUUUUUCCCUAUGAAAAUCACGCUGAGUGUGGCUCAUGUUUUGUCUGCCAUCUGUGCUAAUCAUCGGGCCGUGCUGUUAAUCUCCACGACAUUAUGGUGUCCUAAUGUGAUAGGAUGCAUACUGCUUAACAUUGAGUAAUUGCAGCUCCCCCGUGAAAUUGUGCUGCUUCAAAUCAAAUUUAUUCAUACGAUUGGAUUGCUGUUGUGGAAAGGCCAUACGCUGCAGCCUCAGCACUACUUGGAAUUGUGUGUCAGCAUUCCUCCAUGUAAACUUUAGUCGACUGUAAAAUAUUGACGAAGAGACAAAAUAAACUUGACUAUACCGCAGGACUGAAUUCUCUAAUCUGAUUUAAAACUAUAACACACAAGGGCUUCCGGUUUGUAAUGUAGCAAGUGGAUGCAUACGAGAGAGCUCCCGGGCUAAUCAUAGUUCAUUUUUCUAUUAAGUGAAACCUUUUCUUUAUUCUAGCCUCUUCAUGUGUACAGUAAGUAGUCUGCGCUUUGACUUUUAUGUGCAGAAAUGAGCUAAUCUAAUAAAAAAAAAGCAAUAGCGCUCACACUCCGGCUGCAACUAACGCAGCUAGUAAGAUAGUAUCCUCUUUAACCGCUAAUCCGCUUACCGUUAGCUCUCCAACAACACCCGAAGAAACCAAUACAGCUUUACCGCUUACGAUGGACCUAUUGUCCGCAGAAUUGGUGCAGCUGAGGUGCUUAAUAAAGGAGAAUGUUUCUUCCCUGAUUGGGGAGUUUACAAAGCCACUCCAAACCAAUCCUUUUUAGACAAACUCGACAACCUUGAAAACUGAUCACGAUGAGCUAAUCUUUGAAUACUAAACAUCCUCGAAGGCAGCGAAAAUGGUAAGGAUCCGAUUAAAUUCAUGUUGGAGUUGCUGAUGGAAGUACUGGGCCCCAGGGUGUUUACCGUCUCACCUGAUCUGGAGAGGGCAAUCCAGUCCUUGACGUUUGGUCUUGGCCAAAGGAAAUCCCAUUCUGGUUUGCUUCUCCAGUUUCCAGUUGAAAGAGGCCGCGCUGCGUUGGACUAGAAACCACGAGUUGAAGUUUCAAGGUGCCACUAUACGGAUCUAUCAGCACUUUAGCCCAGCGCUAGCGAAUAAACGGGCGGCAUUCAAUAGUGUAAAGCAAGCCCUGUACCAGAAGAACGUUCGAUUUCAACAAACAUCAUUUCUAUGGUGGUAUUGAUAUUGGUUCCCUUAUGUACGACCUUUUGUAUUUGUACAGGGGUUUCACGAAUAUUUUAUUACUUAAUCGCCUCCUCUGCUUUCAAAAUUUCAUCUAUUCUGGAGUGUUAUUAGGUUUCAGCUUGAACCUGGGAGCCCUCUUGGUUUAAAGGAGGAUAUAUUACCAGAAGUUAUAGGAAUAGUUUUAAACCUGCAGCUUGCCCCAGUGAGGGGAUCAAGUAUAGGUAGAGUUCUAAUUUUAUUUCCGUUUGGGUGGGGAGUAAUGUUUAUGGUUCGCAAAAAUCCAGGGGAGACCCAAUCAGCUCUGUUAUUUGAAUUUUUGAGGGAUCUCAUUCUCAUUACCGUGUACAUUGUUAUAAUCACUUUAUUACCGUAUUCCAGACAUCACCACUAUGGGAAGCUUUAACGCAGUGAAAACUGAUAAACGAUUCAUUAGCUGGAAUGUUAAAGGACUUAACGGGCUUGUAAAGAGAGUAAAAAUAUUCAACCACCUUAAGCAUUUAAAACCUGACAUCAUAUUUCUUCAAGAAACUCAUCUGUUGUUGAAAGAGCAAGUUAGACUUAGGAAACCUUGGGUGGGACAAAUUUUUCACUCUAGCCUAAACUCUAAAAUCCGUGGCACAUCAAUACUGAUACAUAAAAAAAUUCAGUUUAGCGCAAUUAACACUACCUCAGACUCACAAGGUCGCUUUGUUGUAGUAUCAGGACUUCUUUUUCACAAACCAGUUGCUUUGGUUAAUGUUUAUGUCCCCAAUUGGGAUGAUGAAGAAUUCAUGGGGAAAAUGAUCUCUUUAAUACAAUAUUUGAACUCUCGGCAGCUAAUAUUCGGGGGUGGCUGAUAAAGAAUUCUGUAAACUAAUAUCUGAGAAAAUUGAUGAUUUUUUAAAAUUAAACAAGAAUGAUGGUGUUUUCCCUUCACUUUUAUGGGAAACACUAAAAGCGGUACUUCGAGGUGAGAGUAUUUCAUAUUCAGCUAGGAUUAAUAAAAUGAGAAGACCCAAACAGGACCAGCUCAUAUCAGCAAUAGCUAAUGUCGAUGCCCAAUACUCCAUCUUCCCAUCUCCUGAACUCGAUAAAAAGAAACUCGAUUUUCAAACCCAGUACAACCUUAUAUCAACUGAAGUAUGUAUACUAUUGAUUUCACGUGGUUAUUUUUCCGAGUAUGGUGACAAAGCUGGCCGUCUUUUGGCACACCAACUUAAGAACCACUCGGUGACUGCAAAUCACACAGAAACCAGAUGGGGAACUGACUAGUGAUCCGGAGGAAACUCAUGAAACAUUUGUCACUUACUAUUCUAACUGUGACCUUGAGAGGUAAAGUGGGCUAUCCCACAAAAACAAAGUUUUGAGAAAAUGAGCUCCAAAGUUGAAAUUUUGUCAAAAAAUCAGUGUGCCUAUACCCUACAACUGAUAUAUAUCAUAGGUAGCACAGAGGUAUGAUUUAGAUAGUAACAACUUAUCCAAUUGAAAAUAUUCAAUAAAAAGGGGGUAGGGGUCAAAAAUGUGGGAUAGCCCACUUUACCUUUCAAGGGCACAACUUACGCACAUCGCAUGGGGAGUCAAUAUGGAACAUUUGUUCAAUGGUCUCCAAAUUCCUUUUAUAGGUACAAUGCUUAGGACUAGAACAGCACUCCCAUUGCAACUAGGCAUGGACGAUAUGACGAUAUGCAAUCGUGAAGACGAUCUAUGUGUUGACGAUCUGCCAAAGCAGAGAGAUCAUAGAACUGUCUAUAUGGAUUACAUUCUAUCUGUCUAUUGCGGCUCUAUGCUCUUCCUAAUUUUUUUCCUCAGCCAAUGCGCACUAUUUGCUAAUCCGCUUAAUGCCCGCCUUAUACAUACAGCGCUCAGUUACGUGCAGUUCUCACUCCACCAUUUUCUUUGAUUCUGAGUGUAGCGGGAAGCGAUGGCUGAAAGUGAGAAUGUAAUGGAUGAGUUGGUCCCUAAAAAAACUCUACAUCGGUGAUAUGGAAGUGGUUUGGCUUUUACACAGACAGUAAGGAAUAAACAGUCAUUAUUUGCAAAGUCUGCAGAGAAAAGGUUUGCACGUUUAGUUCUUGUUGAUAUGUUGUUCUGAAGUAACAAAGUAUGUAUUUAGCUUUAAAUAAACUUGUUGGCAAAAUUGCACAAAUGGAUUAAAAUCAGUUCAGAAAUGUU